AACCCCACGACGCCUCUCCCUCGCCUUCCCCAACCAGGUCGCCCGCCCGCCGCUGGGAGCCGAGACGAGCCCGCGGGGUCCCGAUUCAGCCCGCAGCCGCAUGCGCGCGCGGCCGCGCGCCGCCUCCUGAGCCUCCCGACCCAGAGCCGGAGCGUGCGGCCGUCCAUGGACGAGUACCGGCCGCGCCGGUCCCCGGCGGGGGAGCGGUUCAUCGGGAUGUUCUCGUCGCCAUCUCCCUCGUCGUCCCCGACGGAGCCCUCGUUCGUCGCGGGGGACGAGCUCCACGAGGAUGACUUCCUCUUCUCGUCGCCGGACGCGCCGCCGCCGCAAGACGGGCCCAUGAGCCCUAGCCGGGGACUGCAGCAGGGGCACCUCGGCCUCCUCGCCGCGCUGGCGCUGCACGAGGGGGACAGGAGGCUCCUGGUCCGUGGCGGCGGGGGAGGGGUAGCGGCAUCCGCGGCCGCGGACAGCGCGGGGACGCUUCUCCGGCGCAAGGCGACCAUCGCGGCCGCAGCUGCCUCGGCGGCCUCCGGGAGUGGGAGCGCGCUGUCGCCCACCCAAUCCCCGACAUCCACCGCGCGGGCCAUCCCGGCGACCGCGAGACCGAAGAACGCCGUGCCUGCCCCGCCGUACCAGUACCACCAGUCGGCGCCCGUGAAGGUGCCGGUUCGCCGUCCGACCCGGAAGCCGGCGAUCGGGCGGUGGGACGAAUUCGACGACGACGACGACGACGACUUCCAGCGCGGAGAUGCCGCCAUGCUGCCCCCGCACGAGAUGGUCGCCCGGGCAUCCGCUGGUGGGGCCGGGCCCGCCGCGCCGUUCUCCAUGCUCGAGGGCGCCGGGCGCACGCUCAAGGGCCGAGACCUGCGGCGGGUGCGCGAUGCCGUGCUCCGACAAACCGGAUUCCUCGACUGAAUCCGGCAAGGUGAUGUGGCUCUGGCCUUUUGUUCAGCUCCGCAUGCUCAGAGUCGUAGAUGGGUCACAUUAGGGUAUAAUUCUAGUGGGUUCUUGCUGUUGAUCGAGAGGCAAAACGAGAAGGUAAGGUAACAGGUUGAGUUUUUGAUGCAACUGCUUGCAAUUUUGGUAUCCUUGGAGGUGUGCGUGUGCUAUUACUAUCACUUUCAGCAGUAAUAAGAACUGGUGUCCUGUGUUUGGGUCUCUUUGUAGUAACAGGUUGAGACCAAUGCUUGUUGGCUCCUCGUGAAAAUUGUUAGUUUUGUUUCUUAGUCUCUUGAAGUCACCAAAUUGCCGGUGGUGUUGGAAA